AGUGUUGGAUGGCUGACCGAAGCCCUUGGGCUUGGAUAUUACUGAAAAGACCAAAUUGUCCCUACUAUAUAAUCAACAUAUCUCCACUGUUCACUUUUCCUCUCCCCUGCCCUUUUGCUAGAGAGAGAAGCUGCCAGAUUUGUAAGAAAAGGAGAAAAAGGAAGUAGAGAUGCUACCCCAUCAAUGGGCUCAACCUUGUGGCAAUCAGUGCACUCACAAAUACGCAGCUCUCACUCAGAUUCCAUGGAGAGUAUUUUGCAAGAAAGGAUGUGAUGCUGAUGGAGAAACGUGGGAAGAAUGUUUGGAAGAGUGCAAUGAAAUAUGUUAUAAGGACCCAGUAUUAAAGGAUCAGCAGUGGAGUGCUUACAUUGACCGGUCUCCUGGAGCUGCCGGUUAUUCUGAGGAAUGCUUUCAUGCCUGUGCGUCUGGCUGUGGCUACAAGAAGGUGUGGAUUUCAAUUGUAGUUACAGCUUCGACAACCACACUCUCUAGUUAUCUCAGAUUGCAUUAAGUGGAUCACAUAGGAUAGUUUUUUUCUUCAUUUAUUUCCCAUUUCACUCUCCACCCUCUGUCUCUCUCCUCCCAAGCUUCUCUGGUUUGUAGGAGAAUCAUCCAGAGAAUCAACCAAUUUUUGCAGGCAAAAUUAUUUCUCAAGCUCAAACAUAUGGCAUUAUUGUAGAUUCAUUUAUGUUUCUUCUUGAGUUCAUAAACAAUUCAUAUGCCCAUGUGCUUUCUUGCAAUGCUUCUUUCUGGACUACAGUUUGAAAUUGAACAAAAGAAAGUCGAUGAGGCGCGACCAAACAGGCCAUGCAAGCCUCCCCCUUCUGUGAAGGCAGCUCCUCCUGUUCAGAAGCCAUCUCCCCUAACUAGUAAACCUGGUGAACCUACUGAAGACAUACCUUGCACUUCUGCAUAGAGACAGAGAAAGAUGGAAAGAAGAAAGAAAAACAGGUAGAAAGAGAAAAGAGUGUUCUGGCAAGAAGAUGAACACCCUUUGUUUAGCUGUAUAGUCUUGGAAGAUUCUUAUAUCUGCUUGCGCCUUUCUCUCACCGGUAGCUUAUAUUUUAUCCGUGUUCUGUCCCUCAAUUGGGUUCCUGAAGUUUCAUUACAGUUGCAUCUGGUUUUCCAGAUUUGAUAGCAUAACCUUGGAGAAUUGAAUUCUAAAGUCAAUCCCUUUUAAGUUUUGGUUGAUGACAGAUACCAACUGGUGGCUUCAGAAGUAGCAUAGUUGAAGAUUUGUUUUCUGACUUUUGAGAAGAAAAUAUACCACGAUUCUGUUCAUUUUGAUGAAACAGGCAAAAAUUUUGAUGGUGGGUUUAGCAGUUUAUGUUUUUGAGAAUUAUUUAAUAACCAUUUUAUGCAAUUUCUUUCUUUUUUUUUUUCUUUUAAAUUAUGUAGAGCUUGUUUGUCUAAUUAUGGAAUAAGUGAUAUCUUGGUACUUAGGCUCCGUUAAUUUAUUAAAAUUCUUUAUUUUUUAA